AUGCAAAUUAUAUUGAAAACGAAAUCCUAUAAGAAACCGAAAAGCAUUAACGUACCGUAUAGUGUAAUAGCCAAUAAUUCUCAUGUUGUUCUCUGGAACCCUUCCAUUAGAAAACUAAAGAAACUACCCUCUUUAGAAAUUCCACAAGAUCAUGGAACACUAACAUAUGCAUUUGGUUACGAUCCUUUCGUUAAUAAUUACAAGGUUGUUUCUGUGUUUUGCUAUGAUUUUGAAUACAUCUGCUGCCAACUACUAGGACAUAUUGAUUUGUUUAGCUCUGAUAUUGCUGAGAUUAUAUACCAUGUGGCCUUUCCUUCAUUCACACCAUUGCCGGAUUAUCCAUUCAAGCCACCAAAGGUUGCAUUUAGGACUAAGGUAUUCCACCCAAACAUCAACAGCAAUGGAAGCAUCUGUCUUGACAUUCUAAAAGAACAAUGGAGCCCAGCAUUGACCAUUUCUAAGGUCCUUUUGUCAAUUUGCUCGUUGCUGACGGAUCCAAAUCCCGACGACCCUAAACCCUAA